AGGGCUACCAUAUAUGGUAUAAGGGAUUUCUCCCUUUCACUCAUUUAGUAUAUAUUAUAAGAGGCGACUGAAGCGAUCCAAGCACUGAAUACACUUUAUCUAUUGGCUAGCAGAUAUCUAUACAAAGUUUCUUUGUGUCCAACAAUGUCUUACAGACUAGUAUCCAGGGGUUGCGUUGACGACGAAGAAGAAAGACACGCUGCCAUACCUGCCUCCUCUUACGGGCAGCAAGACAGUCCUAGCCGAGUCCACAGGGGACCAGGAGGUAAAGCAGGAGGGCCACGCAUACCCCAGAAGAGACGUUUUGUUUCUGCUUCUGCCUCCGCUACUGUUCUUUAUCCUAUCCCUGGGAGUGGGUUCGUCCAGCAGGCGACUAAUGCUAAUGCCCCAGUUUCAGCUAAACACACUGCAGAAGAGACAAAAUCUGACAGGUACGACUCGGGGCUUGGAUCAGAGGUAGAAGAACUGAAGAGAAGGAGGCAGAAACUAGGAGCCUCGUCUUCUGCUCCACGUUUUCUCGCUCGUGGCUCUACAGAGAAUGAAUUCGAGGCAGAGGAGGAGGACAUUAUCGAGAGAGACAAUCAUUGCUCGACGGUUCUUCUCCCCGGAGCUAACACACAAAUCCACCGAGCCAAAUCAUCGGGAGAAUACCAAAGACUUGUAGCGACAGACUCUCCUCCUAUUAUGCCAAGCAAGAGUGCCCCAGCAUUUCAAAGCUCUUCCUUUGAAUCAAGAGAAGAAGAGCAACGUCACAGCUAUUUGUCGUACGAGAUGAGCAUGGAUGUCACUCCUUCUCCGAAAUUUGAUGCCCGCCAGUAUCAGGAACACCUCCUGCAGUUGCAGCAAAGAGCUAUCGAACAGGAAAGACUCCAAGAAGGACUGAGCCUCCUCCUGCCAAAUGACGAUGGAGACACUGGUUUGCAUCAAGCUGUUAUUCACAAUCAGCCCAACAUGAUUUCAAGACUCUUGUCACUCAUAAACAAGUAUCCACAGUUGAGAAACAGUGUCGAUGACCAAAACUCACUUUAUCAGACUCCUCUUCACUUGGCAUUACACCUCCAACAGAACGAAGCUGUCUCCCAGCUGCUGCAAUCUGGUGCGUCUAUACUCUUACAAGAUCACAAAGGGAACACUCCUCUUCACAUUGCUUGCUCGCAGGCCAACUCAAGAUGUCUUCAAGAGAUACUAAAUAAUGUGAGUCCCUCCGAUAUCGUGAGAGCCUCCGAAAUCCGUAACUACGAAGGAAUGACGUGCCUUCAUUCGGCAGUUCUAAGCAAGAGCCAGGAUGCACUCCUGAGGCUGGUCAAGGCUGGAGUUUACAUUGAUCUUGAGGAUCAUCACUCUGGAAAGACGCCCCUUCAUCUUGCCGUCGAGCAAGGCACGUUCCAAAUAAUUCAAACGCUCGUUCGUUCAUGCAGUGCAGACUUUGACUCGGUGACAUUCUCUGGUUGUACUCCUUUGCACUUUGCUGCUGGUCACGGGCGACUUGACAUUGUUGCUUAUCUCGUUUCACUUGGAGCCGACCCUCUAAGACUGACUGACGAAGGAGAUAGUCCUUACGAUCUAGCCAGAAAUGAGAGUGUAAAAGACUUCCUUCACUCUGUGACUGACAUUUACUACGAAUGAUCGAGGCAGCAAUCGAACAAUAAAAGAAAUACUUUAAAGAUGACAGGGGACAAUUCUAUUCAUCUUCCUAGUUACAAUUAUAAAUUACAGUUGGCUGAUGAAGCAUGUAAUCGACACGAAUGACAGCUGUGUAAUAAUUUUAUGUCUCUGACUCCUUUAAUGUGUACUUCUAAUAGUAAUAAUAAUAGUAAUCCAUUUGAUUGAUAGCUGAAGAUUAGUUAUAUAGUAUAUGUAUUCUUACUUACUUUUUUUAAUUUACUCUGAUUUUGCAUAUACUAUCUUUGUAAUUACUUUAUUCUCAUCUGAACUCCCCUCUCUCUCUCUGCUAUACUGUCAUUACUAUUACUAUUAUUAUUGUUAUUGUGUUGUAUCAUAUAACAGACAGUUCGUCUAUUCUUUUACUCUCUCCCUUAUCUUUCCUAAAUAAUUUUGUCUUUCCCAUUUUCACUUUCAAAUAAGAAUAUACUAUGAUAUUGAACCUUA